UUAAUGAACGCGAAUUGAAUACGAACCAAAUAAACCUACGUUGUUCUCAACCUAAAUUGAAAUCAGUUCGGUGUUUUUAUUUCGUUGAGCUUACUCCAACUUAACAAAACGGGCGUUGAAACGGUCGCUCUAGUAAUAGUGCCCUAUUAGUGCCACCACGUUCCAGCCGCUGUCGUUUGCGUGUCCCCGUGCUCCAUCCAGAGCUUUCUUAGUGCGAAAACGUCCGGCAGUGCCGUACAGCCGCCAGCUACACGCCGACGUCAUUCCGACAUUUCCCGACUGCCUUCAGCGCCGCCCAGGAAAAUCAACUCAUCGCUCCCGGUUGACCACACCACCUGGCCAGCAACCCCCAGGCAUUGGCCGCUCCGCCGCCCACAACUAACGCAGGCCCCCAAGCCCUGCGAUUUGGUCCUUCGUCGCCUCCUUUUGACACCAGCCCGCAACACUCCAGGCGGAUCAUCUUCAUCAACCACAUAAGUACCCAAAGCCCAAAUAAAGCCGCGUGAAUGGAUUCAGCACCCACACCAGCACCAAGAACUUCACUCCGCUCGCAGGUGUUUGUGGCCGCUAGCGACCGCGGGGGGCGCCCAAGCCCUGAUUAUCAGAAGUGCCGAGUUUGCGCGCGUCACCACGCGCUACGAACAUGCCCGCUCUUUAGAAGGAUGCAGCCAGCGCAGCGGUACUUGUUGGCGCGGGCCCAUAACUACUGCACCAACUGUCUGGCACUGUCGCACGCUACCAGCGAAUGCACAUCCCAGAUCACGUGCAGGAUAUGUGCACUGCCGCACCACACGAUGCUUCAUCGGGCCCCGCCGCCACCACAGCCACAUCGCCGUACCACCGCACCUCCAACUCAAACACCUCCGACACCGGCCUCCCUCUCAAACGCUCGCGAUCGUCGCAACCCACCUACCCAGGCCGCUACCCAUCGCUACAAUCCGACUGCAGCCACCAUUCCACAACCACGCACCGUCAAACGUUCGGCAACAGGGCUCCAUACCGCUGCAUUCCGAGAAAAGAUGGCAAAUCGGCUUAUGGAUGAGGCCAUUAGAGCGCUGGAGCAGUUGAAAGUGGCACUAGCCGUCUAGCGCGCCUAGGCGGGGCAGGAUGUUCAAGUGAGUGAUUAGCGCAUGCACACCGAAUUAACCAUUUGUAUUUAUUGAAUUAGCUAGACUUGAAAUAUUUCUACGAAUUGUAACUUUUGAACUGAUAAAAAUUAACUCGCACCGUGGAAACCCCUAUCAGCCAACCGGGUAGUUGGCAACGCGUGCGCUACUCGCUCACUUGAACGAUCACCAGCUGUCAAAACAACAUAUCUAUAGACAUACUUCAUAUCUAUCUCGUGGACGGAUCAGAGGAGAAAUUGUAUUGUUAAGAAUUUUGUAUUUUUUGCCGGUAUACUUACCUUCCGCAUCUUCGGUCUGCCCGAAAAUUUGUAACUCGAAGCAAAAUUAAUGAACGCGAAUUGAAUACGAACCAAA